AUGUGGAGGGGGAGGGGAGUUGAUCAGGUAGAUGGUAUGAGAGGAGGAGGGAAGAAGGUUAGCGUUGGUGGUGAGAAUAGAGAAAGAGGAAGAGGGGAGGAGGAGGAGGAGAAGGAAGAGGUGUGGAAGGAAGAGGUGUUAAAGAGAAUGAUUAAGGAAGAGGUGUUAAAGAGAGGUGUCAAUAUAGUCUUUAUCACCUUGAUUCCUAAAAUCAGGGAUUGUACUAAGGUGAAAGAUUUUAGACCAAUUAGCCUUAUCAAUUGCCUCUUUAAAAUUUUCUCUAAAAUUUUGGCAAAUAGACUGUCUCAUCACAUGUCUUCUUUAGUGGCAUCUUCACAAUCUGCAUUCCAAGCUGGGAAAUCUACCCUUGAUUCUAUUCUUCAAGCUAAUGAAAUGAUUCAUGCUUGUUCAAGAAGAAAAAAGGAAGUUGCUAUGUUUAAGAUUGAUUUUGCUAAAGCUUUUGACUCUAUAGACUGGGUUUUUCUAAUUGAUCUGUUGAGAGCUAGGGGCUUUGGUAGUCGAUGGUGUUCGUGGAUUCUUCAUAUUAUUUCAUCAUCUUCUUGUGCAAUUCUUGUCAAUGGUUCUCCCACAAAGUUCUUUUCUUGCAAACGAGGCCUUAAGCAAGGUGAUCCUUUAUCUCCUAUGUUAUUCAAUAUUGCGGUUGAUGUUUUGUACAAAAUGAUUAUGAACAAUGCUGAAGAGGGUUUACUGUCAUCACUUGGUCUUAAGCACCCUCUCAAUCACUUGAGGAUACUUCAAUUUGCUGAUGAUACACUUCUCUUUGUCAAAAGCUCCUAUCAUGAUAUCUCCAUUUUGAAAACUAUUCUAUACAUCUUUGAGGACAUUUCUGGGCUAAGCAUCAACUACUCGAAAUCUUCUCUAGUAUACUUUGGAAAUAUUCAACACAAGGAUCAUGAUAUUGCUUAUGGAAAAACAGACUCAAAAUCCUUCAAAUUCUUAGCAAACUGGAAAAAAGUCUGUUUAAAUAAAGAAGAGGGAGGUCUGGGAGUCAAGGAUAUUGCUCUGUUUAACACUUCGCUUUUAUCCAAAUGGUUAUGGAAGUGCUUGGAUAGAAAUUCAACUUCUGGUAACUUUCUUCAUCAUCUUUAUGUUCAUAAUGGGACAAAAUUGCAGAAUUCUUCCUUCAAGUCAUCUAAUUCAUCAUUUUGGAAUGAUGUUUUAUCUAAGAAAGAUGCUUUUCUUCAUAACAUUAAAUGGAUAAUUGGUUCUGGAGAAGACAUAAGAUUUUGGGAAGAUAAAUGGGUCAAUUUCAACAGUUUAGCUAGUAUUUUUCCUGAAUCUUACAAGUUAGCUUUUUCUGCUAAUGCAUCCAUAAGAAGCCAAGGUUCAUAUAUUGAUAAUGAGUGGCAAUGGCACUUACUGAUGAGAAGGAGCAUUCUUCCCAAUGCUCAGGCAGAGAAAAUUGAUCUUUUGAAAACUGUCAGUGACUUUCUUGCUUCAAAUAAUUGUGAUCAACCUACAUGGUCUCUCACUUCUAAUAGACAAUUCUCAGUCAGGCACUGGGAGUGGAGUUGUAGCCCAGAGAAUCAAAGCGAAGCUGGAGGAAAACCCCAUCAGCAGAAGCAUAUGACAGAUUUUCGUAUGGGGACUGAGAAUGUCCACCCGGACAUCGGGAUCUCGAGCAAGGCGAUGGGGAUCAUGAACUCGUUCAUCAACGACAUCUUCGAGAAGCUGGCCCAGGAGGCCUCCCGCCUGGCCCGCUACAACAAGAAGCCCACCAUCACCUCCCGCGAGAUCCAGACCUCCGUCAGGCUCGUCCUCCCCGGGGAGCUCGCCAAGCACGCCGUCUCCGAGGGCACCAAGGCCGUCACCAAGUUCACCAGCUCCUGA